AUGCCUGGCGGCGAUGGACCCGUCUUCUCAAUGUGGGCAAGGAAGACCGACGUUGCUCAGAGACUUUCAAGCAGACUAUACAUUUUCCAGCACGCGACGAGCCUUGGCAACGUAGAGAGCUUGAUGAAAUGGCAUGCUAUGACUAACGAAGGACGGGAUCCCAAAGUUCUGCUGGUAAGCUGUGGAGUAGAAGAUGUUGACGACGAUAUGAAAGCGGACGUCUUGCAGGGCCUGGAAUCCAUUAAUUUGAGAUUUUCAGUAAUCUUCCCAGGUGACCUUUUCAGUUUGGAGAACAACCGUGGAGCUCUCUGUACGCUGAGCAAUGGGCUGCUGCGUUUGAGACAACUGCAGCAUAAUUCGGCGGUGUCCUUUGCUGAACACUCCUCGAGUCACUCCAGGAUAAUCGCAAAUGCAGUCUACCACUUCUAG